AUGGGGGCCAGCAGGAAGCUGCAGGGGGAGAUCGAUCGCGUCUUGAAGAAGGUGCAGGAAGGGGUCGACAUCUUCGAUAGCAUAUGGAACAAGGUCUGACCCUCUUUCCCUUCGUGGACUCCUGGAAUUCUGGGAUCGUUGCUGGUGUCAUGCGGGCUCUUUCCGCGUCGGCAGGUCUACGACACGGAGAAUGCGAACCAGAAAGAGAAGUUUGAAGCGGACCUGAAGAAGGAGAUCAAGAAGCUUCAGAGAUACAGAGACCAAAUCAAGUCAUGGAUCCAGUCCAGCGAGAUAAAGGAUAAGAAGGUUGGUGUAUGAUCCCAACAUUCGGUGCGCAUCUUCGGUUGCUUUUAGGCUUUAAUAUUUGGACUUCUGGAGUCUAUCUAUGCAGUACUAUCUCUGAAUUCACAGUACAUAAUGUCAGCCAGUCAUCGGUUGUUCUAUUUUACGUGGAAUUAUUUUUUUGGGGCCCUUGUGAUCUUUUUAUCUUAUAAUGCUCCGUACGCUUGUAUCUUUGAUACGUAACCUUGCUGCUAAAAAGUUCAUUCCCCUUAUUUGGCAGACUCUGCCAUUCCGUUGAUGUGGUAUGGAAUUGCUUUUACAGUACGUUGCAAUGUUUCUGAAGCGUCAUUCCCUUCCUAGGAUGGACAGUAUGUUCUUACGCUGAUUUGGUAUGGAACUGCUUUUGCAGUAGGUGGCAGUGUUUCUGAAGUGUCAUUCCCUUCUUAGGCUUGCGGUAUGUUUUUGCGUCGAUUUGUCUGGAAUUGUUUUUGCACAAGGCUAGAUGUUCAUGGGAGCCUGCGUUCCAAAAUGAUCCUAUUUUAAGCUUCUAUUCUGCUAACUUUGUUCGUUUCUUCCUACUUACUAUUUUCGAAACCAUGAUCAAUGCCAGGGCCGUGGAUCCUUGUUUUACUGAGAAUUGGAUUUUCAGUCUCAAUGGUUGAAACUUGGAGAGUACAUAUAUAGCUACUUAUUUGCUUGUUUAGGAAUUUUCGUGGGGAAAGUAUUCACUGUCCACUAAGAUUGAAAUAUCUUACAGGGAUGAUAAUUUACUUGUUCCUAUGCUAGUAUUCAACUUGAACAUGUGUCUCAGCUUGACCUCAAUUCUGCAAUGAGCUCAUACGAUAUUAUUUUUAGAUUACUUACUAUGCUUCUCUUUGUCUAAAAAUAAUAUAUAUUUUCAGAUGUAGACGUUCUAGACGUUUUUUCUUAUUGGAGAACAGUAAUACCACACAUGGAGAUAUUCUUCUUGCUUUACAUUGCUUCUGUUAUGUCUGUGGACGAUGAUGGCACUCAUAGUGUUUUGCCAAUUGGAUUGUUUUAGGAUGUCCCAAAAUUUUUCUUGGUGUAAUUAUGCAAUACUCGUGUAUUUUCGAGAGCUUGUGAAGUAGGUACACGUCACUCGUUUAUAACUGUUAAUUAUGCAAAAAUUAUCUAAGCUGGAUUCACGAAAGUUGGAUUGUUUGAAGCAUAGUUAUCUUCUGUUGUUUUCCUCCUUAAUGUAAACUUGUCAUGUUGGUGUUAACUACGAAAUUUGUGAUACAUGUUGACAUAGGUUAGUGCCUCUUAUGAGCAGGCUCUCAUGGAUGCACGAAAGCAGAUUGAACGUGAGAUGGAACGAUUCAAGGUGUGUGAAAAGGAGACAAAGACAAAAGCCUUCUCCAAGGAAGGUUUAGGUCAGCAACCAAAAACUGUAAGUCAGUGCUGUAUUUCUUUCUGCUUCUUGCCUCUUCUUUGUACCUAAAUUUAUUUUCAUCAUUACAAUUUUUACGUGUUAUGGUAAGAAUUUGGGUUCAUACUCGACCAAUUUUCCUGAUUUUAUGCCUGACAAGGAAGAUAAGUAUAUGAAACCGAAAAUAUAAACUAAAUAAUUUUAACCUUCAUAUUACUGUUUUUAUCAAGGCUUUCUGACGUCUAAUGCUGACAUCAUUUUUGAUCAAAUUGUCAUUGGUGUAAUGGUGGAAAAUCCAAAAAAACUCGUUGUCAUUUGUUGAUGAGAUAAGUAUAGUGUGCCAUUUUAUUGAUUUCUAUCGAAAGUUGAUGCUUUCUUCCUGAAUAAUUCAUGUACCAUGUCUUGAAUGUUUUGCUACAGCUUUAAGUUGCAAUAGAACUAAAGUUCAUAUCAUUUGGUUAUUAACUAUCAUUCGUACCUCUGUUUUCUUGUUUAUACAUAAUUUCGUAAGUUAACAUUUUUCCCUAACAGUUGUCAUUUCUUGUCUCAUUUUCAUAAUAAAUUAUAAAGUGUGCAAAUAAAUAUUUGUUCUAACAGAAAGACAGUCAUGUGAAAAAAGCUUACAAUACUCUCUAAUUGCACGUCCCCAUUGGUUUGUUAGGUUUAGUUCUGGUAAUGGUAUGUUGUUAGGUGAGUAUUACCACGGAUUGAUUUAAUUUGCUAACAAUGAUUUGAAUUCAUGUGAUAUCGUCAUGUGUAGGAUCCAAAAGAAAAAGCUAAAUCAGAGACAAGGGACUGGCUAAACAACAUUGUAAGUAGGGGUUAGAUUUUCCUUUCUUUAGUGCAUUGAUCAUUCAGUUUACAUCUAUUCGAUAUCGAUAAUACGGUAAUUUAUCUUAUGCUUUGUUUCGUGUUCUAGUGAUUAUGUAUUGAUUGCGAUGUAUUUAUUUCAUGCUGAAGAUUGACAGCAGUUAAUGUUUACCUAGAACUCAUGAUAUCUCAUAUGUAUGUUUCAAAUAAAUAUCCUUUCCUAAGUUGUUUCUUGUUUGACUUAAAACUUUUUAUGGUUUCAAGGAGCAUGUGCUCACUAUGGUCUUACUUUUUCUGUUGAUGUGCACAUUGACUUUUUAUUUUUUUCCUUGUCAUUCGUGGUUUUCAAGUUUUUUUUUGGUACUUAUAUCUGCUCAGUUUUUUCCCUCUAUGAACCGAUAAAAUGAUAAAUUGUCUAGUGAUGCAAAUCUUACUGAUUUUUAUUAGCAUCCUUGUGAAUGUCUUUUAUCAGUACAGUAAAUGUUGUGUGUGUUCUUUUUGGCUGGUUACUGGGACUCCAUUGUGAAUGCAGCUCGACUGUUCUAUGCUAGAAACUGUUGGCAUAAUCUUUGUGCAUAUCUCUAUCCUCAUGUUUGACGUGGGUUUACCCAGAAUAUGAGGUUUUCUCAUGGCCUUUGGUCUACUUUGGAUUAAUGUUUCUCGCUCCCCUCUUAAAGAGCGAUGAAGGGCAGAUGCUUACCUAGCAGGAACCAAUAUUGAUCCCUGAGGGAGAACACUACUCCGAUAACCAAGGAAGGACCCAGAACUUGUGGCCCAAAUUACCCAAAAUGUGAAAAACAUAAAGCAUGACGGUUUGAAGACCCAAAAUACAUUCAAGACCCAAAUCCAACCUAGCAGACCCAAGGCUUAGAUAGGCAUUAGUUUUGUGGCACUAGUAGUUGUUUUCUUAUUAAUUCACUUUUCUGGCACUAGCAGGCUACUUGUUGUAAAAUCUAGUCGUUCCAAUAGUAAUAGAAUAUUGUUCUCUACUUGUGGAUUCAAGCAACUCUUGUGAAUUUAAAGAGUGUUCUUAUGAUCCUAAUGGAUUUAAGGGUCAUUUAAAUCUUUGUUGAUCAAGGAUUGAGGGUUCCAUUCCUAAAGAAUUCAAGGUCAGAUUUCCCUUCUUUCCGGACUUCUUCCACAUCAAAUCUCAUUUUUAUGAUUAAUAAUAUUUUUUCGAUACUUUAUAUUCGUCUUAAUUUUUUAUUUUCUCAUUGAUCUGACCUUUGUUAGCUGCGGAGGGAGUAAAUAUUAGAUGUAUCUUUUGAGCAUGGCAGGUUGGUGAUCUAGAAUCUCAGAUUGACAACUUCGAAGCAGAAAUUGAAGGACUUUCUGUGAAGAAGGGGAAAAGUAAACCAAAUAGAUUGGUGAGAUUGGAUAAGAUUAAUUGAUGACUUUAUCUAUGAGUUUAUUUUUAUCUGAGUUGAGUAAUAUGGAUAAUUCAGAUGUAUGGUAAUAGACUCGAUGCUAACCUAAAGUGGUGUUUUCUUGUUGUUGAUUUUUUUCCCUUGUAGACUCACUUGGAGACGUCAAUUACUCGGCAUAAAACCCAUAUUAUGAAACUAGAGUGGAUUUUGAGAUUAUUAGACAAUGAUGAAUUGAGUCCUGAACAGGUCAACGAUGUCAAGGAAUUUCUAGAAGAUUAUGUUGAACGUAAUCAGGUGCAUAUUUUAAAUUAUAUUCUGCAUUUUGUAUUGCUAGUAUUUUUUUGUGUGCUAUCAUGCUCAAUUUAGAAUGAUCUUCUGUAUAUAUUGAAGUUGUUAAACUUUAAACUUUUAGGGUGCAUCAUCUUUUCAACAGUUUCUAUACCUUUUCACUGUACUCAUUGAGUAGAUAUUUGAAAUUCAUUACUAAAUUAUUGUUAUAUUGCCGCUCCUUCAGUUCUAUCCACUGUUGGUUGACCUUCUAGUUUUUUCCAUGUUUUGUGCAGGAGGAUUUUGAGGAGUUUAGUAACCCUGAUGAGCUUUAUAGUGCAUUGCAACUAGAAAAAGUGGAAUCUCUUGACGAUUUUGCUAUUGCAUCUACAACUCUCGUUAAGGUACUUCCGUUAUGUCUAUCCUGUGCUAGAUUGCACAAGAAUGAUGAUGAUAUUCAAUUACCCGAUCGUUCCUUGUAGUUUAGAUUCAUCUGCUUUGAUCCCUUUUCAGUUCUUGUAUUUUCAAUUGGUUUAUUUCCAUUUAUCUUUGCUACCUUUUACUUUCUUUGAAACUCCAGUCUUAAAAGGUACUGCAUCCUUUCUAGCCUGCAUUUGGGAAAUUCACCAAAUGGAAGAGGGUUUUUUAACCACGAAUUUUUUAUGGGAAGGUGGAGAGCACAAAAGAGUAUUACUAGGGAGAAAAGUUUUGUAAUUUAAUUCAUGCUGCAAAAGAGUCUUAAGUGAUCAAAGGCUGCAGAAAGGUAUACAAUUUAAUGCAUAGUUUGGAAGAAAUUUGAAGUGGAAGUGAAUGUUUUUCCUUAGGUUUCAUCAGCUAAAGGAUUAGCAUCGCCCAUCCUCUGUGUAAUCGAGUCGAGGUGGGUGUUAUAGAUGGCUUGGAAAAGUAAGAGCACAUUUUUUUUGAAUUUCACGUUUAAUUGUGCUGCAGAAAAAUGAAAGAAUAGUGAAGGAGAAAUGUGCGGACCUGGUUUCUAUACUAUUUCAGUACUUGGAAUUAGUCGGUACAAGACAUUGUCCUUUGUGCAUGCAUAUCAGUGUCUAUGGGAGAUGUCACAUUUAAUCACUAGAAGAUUAUUCAUGAUGUAAUGGAAAUAUGAUACAACUUCCAGAGAAAAUCACAUUCCAAACAGGUGUUGACUCUGAUGGCACACUAUGGAUAUAUAAAUGCAUUUACAUGAAUUCAUAAGCCCAGUAAGGAUGGCAUUAUUCAAGCAUACUAUGUCAGAUUUAAGAAUCAGGGUUUCGGUCUCAUGCGGGGAGCAUCCAGUGCAGACUCCAUAGUUAUGUUGCUGCAUAGAGUGUGUCAUCUCGCUGCUGUAGUGAUUGCAGCUGUGGAUGGCACCUCUGUGUGCUGCUGGCGUGCCUGGGCAAACCAGUGUACUGCUGGACAGCAGGCAGGCCCAGAUUGCUUUGCCACCUCCAGUGGGGUCAGUGGCUUUCCACACCCCUCUAUCUUUGAACAUUCAAAUAUCUUUUGUUUUUACUGGGCCGGAACGGUUGAACCUUAUUGUGGUCUUUUGGGCCCACUGAGAACCAUAGACCUCUUUGAUUUCCUUAAAAUGUUGUAGCAAGUAUUCCUUCAUUGCUGCUGUUCCUCUUUCUACAGAUUUUUUUCUGCAAAAUAGAUCGCAGUAUCUUUGGAUUUGCACUGUUCUGCAUGACUUGGUUGUUUUUUGAAGAUUCCAUUUUCAUCUUGAUUCGUUUUAAACAAAUCUUGUUUUUCGUUCAUGAGGUUUAGCAAAUUUAAUCUUUAAUAACGAUAAUCCAUUCCCGUGUUUAUGGAAGGGUGUUGGUUCUGUUUCCACUAGUGCUGUUCUUGGACUGAAGGGUUCAAUAGCAAGUUCAACGUCACAAGCACCUGUAAGUCACAUGGGAUCUGAGAAAAAUAGUUGACGUGGAUGGAGCUACAGUCUGCUUUUUUCGCAGUUGUCCUGUCUGAAUGUGAAUGCAUUUUGAUAAAGAGUGCAAAUGAAAUGACCACUUUCAGCAUUAGUUUUUAUAACCUUGGUUUCUCCUGUGAUGUGUCCUUCUCGUAUGCUUAGCAAAUAAUUGGGCUUGAAGUUUUAUUUUUUGAUCCGUGUAGUCGUUUUAAUACUAUGAAUAGCUUCUUGGGUAAAUUUGCACCUGACCAUUGAAAGUGAUUGCUUCUGACAAUCACUUCUUCCUGUCAUCAGUAGCAAACAGAAAUCAUGUGUCGAAUGCCUUAAAAUACGAAUGUGCUUGUUAUUAAGUAUUUUUUGGACCAGAAUGUAAAAAAUAAAAUCCAGCGAUCUCAGAUUAGAUAUUAUUCUCGGUGAAUACUCGGUAGGCAGGCAUUCAUGUCAGAUGUACGUUGGAUUUUCUAGUUAUCUUUCCUUUUAAUGUAUGAAAAUGACAUAGCAGAACCUUCUACAAUUAAGGGUAACUGUUAUUUUCAGAUUUUCUUCCUUUUUAUUGUGCACAAUUUGUGAUUUUAAGUGAUAAAGAGGAAUAGAGAGGCAGUUUGAGUACUUAUUAUGCUAGAAAAAAAUGUGCAUACAGUGGGUGAAAUAAUAAUAACUGGCAGAAUUCCUCAUAAAUUUCUUAUUGAAACCAAUCCUCAAUGCAUCUUCCGUAAAAAAGUUUAUGAAGUUUUGAACUAUUAGUGAGGUUUAUCUGAAGUAAAGAUCAUUUGAACUAUGUGCAUACAUUAUUUUUACAAAGUUUGUCAAUUAGUGGUAAAAUAAUAUUCUUUGGGAAACCGUCAUGCCUUUGUAGACUUAGAUUAGGAUCUGGGUAAGUGUCCUACGCUUAAUGACUCUUCUGUUCUUAAUGAUCAUAGUCAUGUUGUAUAAAACUCCGGUUGAAAUGGUGCCUAACUACUUAAGUUUCUUUGCACAUUUGAGGAACCGGUUAUUUCUUGGCAUCUGAAGUUAGCUGAGGAUCACGCUAUGCUAUUGAGGAUGCUGCUCUACUUAUAAGAUAGUGGAUGUUAAUGUGAACCAUUUGCGUAGCCAUAGUUCUUACUCGCUUGCAGCAUCCCUGGUAAAAAUGAUUCGUAACAAAGUAUGUUUUCUUUCCAUAAUCAGCAAAGAGUAAGAGUUCUUUCAAAACAUUUUUUCCAGUGAGUCUACUUUUAUUCCGGAAUCCAUAACAAGCUAUUGGAAAUAUGCCAUCCAGUUCUCUUUGAUGCGAACAAAGCAACAGUGACUAUUCUGGAAGGACACUGUAACGGCUAUGGAUAUUUUAUUUAAGUUCGCUUUAGUGCUGAAUUAACAGUCAAAAUAAAUUCAUUCUAGACGUGUUUAGAUGGAAGUUUAAUAUUACUUCUCUUAUUCUUCUUUAGGUUAGAUGAUUAAACUCUUUAUUCGCUUAUUAACUGGCUUUGCUACCUUAUGUUAGACUGUAGCAGCACCUGCUCUUCAGCUGGGUUCUUCCUCUCAGGAUCAGGCUGAAGAGACAACCACUCAGGACGGCGUCUCAGACAUUCCUCCUAGGACUCCACCUGCCAAAAGUGCAGUUUUGGGCUCCUUGGCCUCUGUAUCUUCUCUGGGCGUUGGACUAAGCUCGCAAACAGGGCCUAAUUCAGUGAGUCCCGGAGGAAAUAUCCCUGCAAGCUUUGCUGGUGGAUCAACAACUGUUGCUAUUCUUUCUGGUCCUGGUAAUCUUCAAGGCAUCGGUGAUAACCCUGUUGCUGCUACUCCGUCAAUCGCAAUUGCAUCUAGUGUAGCCAAGGAGGACGAUAAUGUGAGUUUCCUAGGCCGCAGAUCAUCUCCUGCUCCCUCUGAAAUUGGCUUAGGGAGAGGAAUAGGAAGAGGCUCUGUAAUUGGUGGGACAUCAACUGGUAUUCCCAUACCUUUAAUGUCUAUUGGUGGAGUCUCUGGCAGUGCUGGUUCAACUGCAGUUCCAGUGGUAUCUGACGUGACAAAAAGGAAUAUUUUGGGUGCCGAUGAUAGAGUUGCGAGUGCUGGCCUUUCUCAGCCUCUUGCUUCUCCUCUGAGCAGCAGAACGAGUUUGCAACAGUUCUCAAGAACUAAUGAUGGUUCUGUUGACUCUAACAAUGUUGCUGAAGGUCCAGUGAUCGGAAGAGUUUUUUCACCAUCAGUGGUUGGCGCAGUGCAAUGGAGAUCUCCGACUAUCCCUGGAUUUCCGAGUCAAAAUGACCCUGUAUGUAUUUGUAUUUUAUUCAGGGAGUUGUGCAAAUUAUUUUAUGUUGGAUUGACUAUAUUAGGCUUUCCUUGAUCAUGGGCAAUAAGUGUGAAGAUUGCUGGUGUUUUUUUUUCUGUUUCUUGUUACCUAAAUAGACAUGUUUAUUCUCCUGGAACAUGAAUUCUUUUGUGAUCUUUUAUUUGUGAGAUAUUACUGCAAGUUGAUGGAAGCACUAAAGGCAGGCUCAUUCAUCUGAUGCCAUUGCCAAGAAACAAAAAUCGGAUACGUUAUCAAAGACUGCUUAAUUUUUUCCAACUCUACGGCCUUGUUUAUUUCCCUGUAUCUUCCAAUCCUCAUCAUAGAUUUUGUUUAAAUGUCACUUUAUGAUUUCCCCUGAAAGCCAUAUCAGGGAGUGUGCCAACGUCAAGGAUAUAUGCCUUUUCUUUCCAAAAAUUUGUUGACGGAUCAGUAAUCGUGAAGUUUAAAUGAUCGUAUUUUUUGUUUAGUUUACUCUUCUGGCAAGGAUGUAUAGAUAGCCUUCAUAGAAGUACUUUGAGACGCUUCUGAAGUCAGGAUUGUGUUUUGUUAUGAUCAAUGAUAUUUGAUUUCACCAGGCUCUAUCAAUAUUAUUUACUGACCAGAUACGUUUGAAUCUUUUUCCAUGAGGAAACACGAUUCCCUAUUUUUGACUUUGUCAUACACGACUUAUGAAAGUAUUUGAAAGAAACCUAUCACCCUUAUGAAAGCUUUUUUUCUCAUAUACUUUGUCGAGUUGGAGCUUUGCUGGUUUGACUUUUAACUUAGCCUCAAGGGGUUUGUUUUUUCACCAGUUGCGUCCUGAUGUAACCCUAAGGUAGGGAAUUUGUAAGAAACUUAUGGGAAAGAGUUUUUUUGUUAUGGUAAAACCUUCAUGAUUUAGUUCACGCAUGGUAAAACCUUCAUGAUUUAUUAGAUAUAAUUAUGACUUUAUUUUUGCAUUUGAAUCCUUGGGGAUAGUUUUAUAUUUUGAGACAUUUCUCCAGCUAUUUAAGGUGUAGUAUCUGAAGCAAUGAAACCUGGAACUUCCUUUCCGAGGUAUAAGUGGUUUAGAGCUUCAAUCCCAAAAAAGGAUAUGCUUGACAAAAGGCCUGUAGCUUCACAUUUUUAAAAGCCAGCCUAAUAAAUACCAAUGCCUCUCCGAGGAAACCCCAUAUCGGGGAGGUCUCUUUGAAUCUAUCCUUUCAUAUGCUGUUAUUAAUUUUUGCGAUUAAUUUGGGUCGAACAUAUCCAUGUUCGCAUAAUAGGGAUAUGGAUUUAUAUGUACGGUCAAUGUUAUGUGCUCGUUUAGGUGGGUUAAUGUGACAUUAAAUUUCUUAAAUGUUAUCCCUGUCGUCACUUUUUUGAUAGUGCCUUUUCGUAUUAGUCUGGUUGUUGGGUUAUAUUCUUAGAAGCAUUCUGGUAUGUUGGGCAGUGUGAAGCUGAGGAGCUUUCAUUUAUUAUUUCUGUCUUAACUCUUUUUGACAGUUCCGUGGAAGAACUGAAAUUGCUCCUGAUCAGAGAGAAAAAUUUCUUAAACGCUUACAAGAGGUGCAACAACUGCCACAUCUUCCUGGAGGUCAUAAGCAGCAAUUUCCCACGCAACAACCCGGUUCUCUACUACAACAGGUCUUUUCUUGGUUAUGUCAAAGUGCAAUCUUCACUGCGACACAAUUUCUUAUUCCUUUCAAUAGUUUCUAGAGAGAGUCGUGCAAAAGACUGGCCCAAUAUUGACGAUUUCAAAUUAAAUAAUUGUAUCUAGUUUGGUUUAGCAUGAUAGAAAAUCAUCUCUUCUCUGAAUUCCAGCAGAAAAUAUAAUGAGAAUUGAUUUCGUAUAUUUUUUCUCAUUCUUCCAGAAAAUAUUUAUUGCAUGAAUAAUGGUUGUAUGUCAUUGGGAACCCCACUGCUAUAAAGGCAUACUUUUGCGAAUAACGAUGUCAUUUCCUCUUUCUUUUUCUCACUCUGAUGCUAUCUACGAUUACUUAUUCAGGAGCUGGGAAGCAAAGAAUUCUAUGAGAUUCGGAAAUUAGAAAUUGAGAUAGUGUCACUCUUUGAGUAUCGUAAUAGUGGAUGACUUUUAAAAAAGGCCAUUGUGACUUUAAUCAACUCUACAUAUUCAUCAAAUGAGCUUGUAUCACAACAUAUUUGAAGAUAUGGUUCUUAUUACUUUUUAUCUCAAUAAAUAUGGUUCUUAUCAUUAACUAUUCAUGUCUGUGCAGUUGAGUCCUCUGACCUCAUCUUUGCCAUCUCAAGUUGGCGGUCUUGGAAUUCAGGGUCCAGGUCUUUCUGUCAUUUCAUCUGCCCCACAACAGCAAAAUUCAGUUCAACAAUCGUCUCAACAUGCACUUCUUUCAGUUGGAUCAAAAGAUUCAGGUUCGGACACAUGGACUUCAUCCUUCUGGUUUCAUUUUGAUCAGUAUAUAUGUGACUUCACUGGUCCUGCAUAUCUUAAAUGCAGAUCCUGAUCGUAUGAAGGUUGAGGAGCAGCAGCAGCAGCAGCAGCAGCAGCAGCAGCAGAGUUUGUCUGAUGACUCUAAUGCAGAAUCUGCUUUGAAUUCUGGGCUCAAACAGAACUUAACCAAUGAGGAUGAUUUGGAGUCAACAUACAUGGUAAAUGCAAAUAUGGGGGUUUUAAUCUGCUAGUCCAGUCUAUAUCUUUGUAGUGCUCUAUUAAUUCUCUAUUUCUGCGUAUUUACACAGAAGCCUAAGAUGUCAAUGUGAUGGAUGCAUUGUUGGGUAUAAAUAGCUUGUGGUUUCCUACCUUUGAACUUCGCUCUAUGCAAUGAAUUUUUUUGCAUAAAGUUUGAUAAUUGAGUUAAUUUCAUUUAACAAAUGUGAAGUUCAGAGAUAAAAAGUGAAUUUGAUUCCUAAUUUUAAUUUGACUCCAUUCUUAAUUGAGAACACUUUACUCGGUUCAAAGGGGCGAGAUUACAUGGUUGGCUGGUAACAUUCUAUUCAAAUCUUGUAUUAUAAGCUUUUUUUCGUGUUAGUGCUGUGGAUUGUUUGUUGGCAUGAUUUCAUGUUGGGAUGAGUGCUGUUAUGUAAAUGAAACUGCAGUAGACUCUGAAAAGAUUGUUUCUUGGGAUUUUUUUAAUAAUAAUAUAAUUCAUGAUGAACUGAUUGGCUCUGCUGUAGGUCAUUCAUUGUAGUUUUCGGAUUAUAAUUAUAAUGUACGACUGGUAUGAAGUAAUGUUCAUAGUCCUGAAGUGUUUUGUACUAAUCCUUGCUAAUGAAUGAAGAAGAAAUUUCUUUUCACAGAAUAUGCUGUAUAUCUGAUUAUUUUUGAAAAGGAUGUGAUAAAGUAGAAAACGGGUCAUGUAUAUGACGGAAACUCUGACAAUCUUGUGUGUGCAGUUGACAUGUGAGGAAUGGGAAUCAAAUAAGAAGUGAAUUUAGGGCAGAAGUUCCAAAAAUAGCAAUAGCUGAUAAGCACUAUUAUAUGAUAUUCACACUUUUAAACAUUUUCUAAUAUUACGAGUAUUUGUUUGAUAAAUACAUUUUGGUGGUUGUAUGUCUGACUUGGGCUGGAAUCCUGUAAACACGGCCACGGAUUUGGGUUGCGGGCUAUUGUGACAGGUUGCCUUUUUGGGCUACUCAAAGGCAGCCGAAAUUGUGGAGGGGCAGGCUUUAUUAUAAUUCACUAUUACAUUUCGUUUGGGUGUCAUAUUCCAUGGCUUUACUCUCACUUCCUAUUUUCUCUCAUCUUUUCCCCUCUGCUUUCAUUCUCUUCUCGCACUUCAUCUUUCCUGUCUUUGCUUCUUCCAUCGACAUGUACUGAGAUCUUCCUUCUCUCCGUCCCCUUUGCUUUUCUCUCUUUCUCAGUUCCUCUUUCAUCUAAUAUCUCUAAUUUCUUUCUGCCCUUUCUACGUUCUUUUCAUUUUGGGAAUCAGAUGAAAUAAUUAUGAUGAAGUUGGCGACAACGGGGCUGGUGAUACUGCUUGAUGAGCAUUUGAAACUUCACACAAACAUUAAACCUUGCACAUCAAUUUCAUUCUAUAUGAUAAUCUACCACCUUAAUCUAUUUUUAUAAAUAUUGUGUGGUGUCUUAUUGUUUUGCUAAUGUGUUUGUCAUCUUGUGUAUCUUAAUUAUAUCUCAUGCUUUUUAAAUGCGUGGGUUCUAAAUAUUGUGGGCUUCUAUUGUAAUGCGAUGUUGUCCUUACUAAAAAGUUCCUUAGGUAUCUUAAAUUUAUUUUUUCAUUGUGCAACUUUAUUUCAAUGAUUGUGCGUUAUAGAGUAUGCAUGUUUCUUGUUAUUUGUAAUUAGAUAGGCUAUUUAAUUAUUGAUUGAAAAUUUUGACUGAUUAAGGAAAAGUCUUCGAACACAUUUUUGAUUCACUAUUUUUCAAACUUUCUCAGAGUACAACUAGCUUAUUUCUUUUUCAGUCUAACUUUUUUCAGACAGGGAGUUCGAAAGUGUAUCCCAUGUGCCUUUAACGGAAUUUUCCUGGUUAAAAUGAUUUGAUGUCUGAUAUUUUUUCGAAAACUUUUAUGAGAUAAAGAAAUUCUAUAUUUUGCUAUAUCAAAUGAAUUUUGGCAGGAUUGAAUUCUGGAAUAAAAACUUCCUACUUGAUGCUAAGUAGCUGUUAUUUAGUGGAUGAUGCUGGUGAUGUUGUUUCUACAGUUUAUUUAGUCUCUCAGAUCUUGAUUGGAGAGGGACCAUAGCAUUAACGCAUCAGAAACAUUAAAAGAAGUUUUGUUGUUUUUCAGCCCCCUGGUAGUACCUCUACUGCAGACGGGAAUCAAGGGGUGCGUGACAUUGACCUCUCACCUGGGCAACCUUUACAGCCCUCCCAGUCAUCUGCUAGCCUUGGUGUUAUUGGCAGAAGAAGUGUUCCAGAUCUCGGUGCAAUUGUUGACAACAUUACUGUUGCAAAUCCUGGAGUGCUGCAUGAUCAUGCUUAUAACUUGCAGAUGCUGGAAGCUUCAUACUUCAAACUACCUCAAACCAAGGACUCAGAACGUGUGAAGAACUAUAUCCCAGUACGUUUUUUUUUGUUUUUUUCUCCCCGUGUCAUUCAACUAUUGAAGUUUCUAAAGCGACGAUAGUAUUAUUCAAGUCAUUUUUUUAUGAUGAUCUUUGUUAUCUUGCAGAGGAAACCUGCCGUGACACCUUCUAGCUACCCUCAAACGCAGCACCAAAUUGUUGACAAUCCUGCUUUCUGGGAUAGAUUGGGGAGUGAAAAAAUAACUGAUAUCUUGUUCUAUGCAUUCUAUUAUCAGCAGGUAUGAGGAGAUUUUCUAUUAUAUGUUUUCCUUACUUUUUGUUCCGUUCUAGGUAUCUUUUGAAGAUUUUUGUGCUCUCAUCUUCAAUGUAAUGGUACAGAACACGUAUCAGCAGUACCUAGCAGCAAAAGAACUGAAGAGACAAUCUUGGAGAUACCAUAGAAAGUACAACACAUGGUUUCAACGACAUGAAGAACCGACCGUAACAAAUGAUGAUUUUGAGCAGGGAACAUAUGUAUAUUUUGAUUUCCAUAUUACAGAUGAUUUACAGAACGGAUGGUAUGCUCCAAUACUUCUAUGCACUUGUUAGCCUUUACCACGUUUUAUCUUCUUUGGAUGUAUUUUCUUGGGACAUGCUCUUUAUUAUUAGUUUCUUUUAAACAUUCAGCCUUUCCCGCUUUGUUUUUUCUACUUCAAGUCAGGACAUAUCUGAGAUGAAGUUCGAUGUAGUAUUUGGAAGUGGGCGUAACUCAUCGAAUGUUAGAAGUAUAAAUGUUAACAAAUAGUCAUGAAUGCUUACAUCGAUUUUUAUUUUUUUUUUGGUAUUCCCUGAAGUUGUAUGUAACUUGUUCCCCAUUUAGAAUUGAUAGUGGCGCUGGUGGUCAUGGUGUGGUGGGGGAGGGGUAGUCAAUGACUAAAUUUCAGACAGUUUUUCAUGUUCUUGAAUGUUCCGUGUUAAACCGUUCUUCUCAAUCUAUGCUUGCUGCCAGGCUUGAAUCUUAGUUGUGUUGGGGUAGCUGAUGUCCUCAUUAUUUUACUUGUUCCAGGGUACCGUAGUAUUUCCAUAUCCAUUUCUCCUUUCUUGGGGUGGAAGUUUAAUCCACUGCUAUAAUAAAAAAAUCACAAAAAUCUUACAUGCUGCAUUUGGGAGCAGUGGGAGAAGGAAGACAAUGCUUCCUCUGUUUUAGUUUUAGCAAAGUUGUCUUACCUCAAUUCGUUGUGUAUAGAAUACUCUUCUGUUUUGCAUGCCUCCAAGUCCUAUCUGUAUUUUUUAUUUUUUUUCCAGAUAAUGCUAUACUCUAAGAGCAGUGAUGGCAUUCAUGUGCCCACAGAGAACUUCUGCCCAUCAAUUCAACUUUUUUUCUAUGUGUGGGGGUGGGGGGUUAAUAUUUUAAUCAAUUCCUUGGUCGUCUUUGGCUAGACUUGUGCCGUGUUCUGUGAGUUUGAUCAUGCUAGUCGAGUGUUCUUCACUUAUGUUCUAAACCAGUGAUGUUCUACUGUUGCCCAUUUUCUAUUACUUUUUUCCGUGAAUAUCUCCUGACUUCACAUGUUUUUUUUUAUGCAGUUUUGUUUUAAUGACUGCUUGUUAUUUCCUUCCAAUUGCAGGUGCCAGAGGAUCAAGACCGAGUUCACAUUUGAAUACAGUUACCUUGAGGAUGAACUUGUAUAG